UCGAAGAUGGAGCGUAGGAUUUGAACAGGAGGCCGGAAGAGAAUCGCGCCUGUCUUUAGUAUUGUUACCGGGUUGCUUUAACGGCAGCAGCAAACUCGUUCUUUGGAUUACCGUAAGCGUUGCAGCUUUGCUCGGAUUUGUGUUCUGUGCCCCGCUUAUUGGGCGGAUUCAUCUGGUUUUGGAGUUCCAUUUACUGCAGAACGACAACGGACGUUCAGUAUUUUGAUAAAGAGGGACCUCCAUCCCAGUCGUGCGGUGAGGCUUCUAAGGGCCUCUAAGCCAGGGCUCUCUGUGUGAGAAGAGUUUUCCACAGAGUAUGGCCUCAGCCACAGAUGAUGGGGUGACUGAGAGACUGGCCUACAUAAAACAGGAAGACUGUGAGUGGGAGGUCACCGAGGAUUUGUGUGUGAAGGUGGAGGAUUGUGAAGAAAGAAUUUCAGGUUUUAAAGAGGAGGAGUCCAAGGAGGAGAUUACUGACAUUAAAGUUGAAGAUUGGAGUGACUUCUCCGUUACUCUCAAACUGAAAAAACAUGAAGAUGAGAAUAAUGUCAAGGGAGAGUUUUCUGAAAAAUCUGAUUGCAGUUUACAGCCAUGGCUCACUAAUACUGGACAGCUGGCUACUCAGCAGAAUUCAAAGGAGCUGAAAUCUGAGUCUGAAGAGAAAGUCAGUGAAGAAGAUAAGAGAGAAGGAGAAGAACAGCAGUCAUCUGGGAGUGUUGGGACGCAUUUCCAGGAGACUGUCGGCCUCACCACAUUUUCAUUUGCUCAGCCUUCUCCUCAGUACAGACUGCAACACAAAGAGGACGAUGAGAAGAUAAAGAAACCAACAAGAGAGUCUGAGAGUUCGACCCUGACUACUUCACAGCGGAGUUCUGUUCCUGUAACAAAGAUACAAGCCAUCAAUACUGAUCAACAACAUAACCCUGAGGAUAUGUAUACCAGCCAAGAACUCAGAAAAAUAAGAAUAAAUAAAUCUGAUGGUGAAGAAUACAAGUCGAUUCAUACAAGUGCAAAGUCAUAUUGCUGUCCUGAAUGUGGCAAAAAAUUCCGUCGUAAUGGCUUUCUUCAGAAACACCUAAAAAUUCACACUGGAGAAAAACCUUAUUGCUGCUCUGAAUGUGGCAAACAGCUUUCUGACAGUAACAGUCUUCAACGGCACAGAAAAAUCCACACUGGAGAGAAGCCAUAUUGCUGUUCUGAAUGUGACAAAAGAUUUAGUUACCGUAGUACUCUUCACAGCCACAUGAGAAUACACUCUGGAGAAAAGCCAUAUUGUUGUUCUGAAUGUGGCAAAAGAUUCCUCCGUAACAGCAGUCUUCAGACACACAUAAGAAUUCAUACGGGAGAGACUUAUCGCUGCUCUGAAUGUGGCAAACAACUUUCUGACAGUAACAGUCUUCAAAGACAUAAGAAAAUCCACACGGGAGAGAAGCCAUAUUGCUGCUCUGAAUGUGGCAAACGAUUCACUUUCAGUAGCGCACUUCAGAGCCACAAAAGAAUCCACACAGGAGAGAAGCCAUAUUGCUGUUCUGAAUGUGGCAAACGAUUCCCUUACAGUGGCAGUCUGCAGAGACACACACGAGUUCAUACUGGAGAGAAGCCAUAUUACUGUUCUGAAUGUGGCAAGCAAUUCUCCAGCUUCAGCUGCCUGCAGCAGCACAUGCAAUUUCAUACUGGGGAGAAACCAUAUUCCUGUCCUGAGUGUGGAAAAAGAUACACCCUUAACACCAGUCUUCAGAAGCACAUACUUAUUCACACACAAGAGAAGCCAUAUUGCUGUUCCGAAUGUGGUAAAAGAUUCCACCUCAACAAAAGCUUUCAGAACCACAAACGAAUUCACACAGGAGAGAAACCAUAUUCCUGUUCUGAAUGUGGCAAACAAUUCUUUAACCACAGUAGUCUUCGGCUGCAUACUCGAAUUCAUACUGGAGAGAAGCCGUAUUGCUGUUCUGAAUGUGGCAAAAGAUUUAGUUACAGUAGCACUUUUCACAGCCACACAAGAAUCCACACAGGUGAAAAGCCAUAUUGCUGUUCUGAAUGUGGUAAAAGAUUUACCCUUAACAAAAGUCUUCAGAACCACAGAAGAAUUCACACAGGAGAGAAGCCUUAUUGCUGUUCUGAAUGUGGCAAACAAUUCAUCAACCACAGCAGUCUUCGGCUACAUAUGCGAAUUCAUACUGGAGAAAAGCCAUAUUGCUGUUCUGAGUGUGGCAAAAGAUUUAGUUACAGUAGCAAUCUCAACAGCCACACAAGAAUACACGCUGGAGAAAAGGCUGCGAGGUGCUGACGGCAGAAAGGUUACGUACACAGAGACACAGCAGUGGCACCAGAUUACUUCACUGGAAAAUAUGCAAAUAAAUGCACCUUACCAGGACCACAAAUGCAUUUGGACCUCACGCCAGAAGGUUUAGUUACUUAAGACACACCAAAAAAAUAAAUAAAAAUAGAUACUUAGAAACCAGACACAGCCUUCAGUGAAAAACAAUCUGAUAAAACAGAAACCAUUAAAGUUUCAGUCUCAAAUGAUUACUGUGCCCUCUGAAUGGGAAGGCAAACCCAGCUGUGGAUUAUAAAAACAAAGAUUGUGCCAGUGGUGCUAGGAUCAACAGGCCUUAUCAAAAAAAAAAACUCCAAAACUGAAU